GCCACCAGCCUUCUGCCCGCUGUUCACUCCGCUGUCUCUGACUGCAGCAGCAGCCUGGGCUUAGCUGCCGGGGCAGGACAAGCUCUGAGCUUGAAGGACAGAGGACAGGGGCAGGACAGGGGAGAUGGGGGCUGGGAAGUCCAGGGCCAGCGCCAAGGACAAGGACCCCACGAGGAUGCUGCUGUCGAGGAGGAGGCAGAAGUUUUCCUCCUGGGAUGACGCCCUGCUCUCGGGCAAGGACCCGAGGUCCCUGCUGAAGCGGGGCAUGCGCCAUGUCAGCUUCAGCCUGGUCACCAAAGGAAUGACAGACAUCCCCGACUUUCUGUGGGGUUUGUCCGAGGUCCAGAAACUCAACCUGUCCCACAACCAGCUGCGGCUUCUCCCGCCCGAGGUGGGGAAGCUGACUCGGAUUGUGGUUCUGAACCUGUGCGGGAACCGGCUCAAGAGUCUGCCCCGGGAACUCAGCCGCCUGCAGAGCCUCAAGGUCCUGUUCGCCAACAUGAACUGCCUGGCAGAGGUGCCCGCCGAGCUCAGCCUCUGCAGAAGCCUGGAAGUGCUGAGUCUGUCACACAACUGCCUGUCCCAGCUCCCUGCCAGCCUCGCCGACCUCUCCAGGCUCAGGAAGCUGAACCUCAGCAACAACCACUUCGUCCACAUCCCCAUCUGCGUGUUCUCCUUGAAGGAGCUGGAUUUCCUGCACGUGGGCUCCAAUCGCCUGGAAAACAUUGCCGAGAGCAUCCAGUGCCUGUCCAGCCUGCAGAUUUUCAUCGCGGAGAACAACAACAUCCACUCCUUCCCCAGGUCGCUGUGCCUCGUCUCGAGCCUGGAGCUACUGAAUCUGAACAACAACGACAUCCAGACCCUCCCGGAGGAGCUUUACCUGCUGUGUAGACUGGGGAGGAUUGCCUGGAAUCCCAUGAACAAAGGGCUCCACAUCUCCCAUAACCCGUUAUCCAAGCCCCUGCCGGAGCUGGUGGAGGGUGGCCUGGAGAUGCUCUUCAGCUACUUGAAGGACAAAAAGCACAACUGACUUGGACACGGAAGGCUUGGACAGGAGCCAGCUCGCCUGGAUCUGGGACACUGGGGUACUCUCCAGUCUGAGCUGUGCUCUCGCUCUAGAGUUAGUCAUUGUUUUGUUUCCAUUGGCUAAAUCCUUGUCCAGCAUCUGUCCUUGGGAGGUAUCUGCUUUUAACUGUGUGUUCUCAGUGACCUCCAGGUUAGCAUGUUCAUCCCAUUCUAAACAGAAACUGAAGCAGGCUUUUGGUUUUUGCCAAAGAGAAUGCAUUGCUCUAAUUCUGAGGAACAGUGGUAGGAUAAGAGGUCUGAAUUCAAUGCUAUUUGAAAAUCAAAUAUUUACUAAGUGUGUACUGUAUGCUCAGGAUGGUGUGCAGCAUAGCAACCACCCCUUUUCAGAUUUUUUUUACCCUUGAAUCGGAGGCAACCUACAGCCAGGUGGCAACUGCAAGACAAGGUCCUCUGCCUGCCACUAUGGAGGAUCCUUGGGACCAGAGGGCAGGAUGGAGCUGGGCUCCAGGUUGCCAAGGACCAAAACAGGCAGAGUUUUCCCUUGGAGUUUGGGGGAACAGCCAUAGGCUUUUUUCCUUUCAAAAUGCCCACAGGGUAAUGAUCAGGCUGCUCAUGUGUAAGUCUGGU